AUGUACUCCCAACAGGGAAUUGAACGCCAGCGCACAGUUCGCUUCUCCGUGCACACCCCCGAGCCCCAAACCCCCGAAAAGCAAACUUCUGCACUUUUUCGUUCGGCUGUACAGACAGCUCCGGGUGUACAGGCAGCUCCAGGUGUACAGACAGCUCCGGGUGUACAGGGAGCUCCGGGUGUACAGGCAGCUCCGGGUGUACAGGGAGCUCCAGGUGUACAGACAGCUCCGGGUGUACAGGGAACUCCGGGUGUACAUGCAGCUCCGGGUGUACAGGCAGCUCCUGCUGCUUCUGCUGUGCUGCGCUCUCAAGCGCCUGCUGCGCUGCACAGGUCCUCCGAUGACCUUCCGCAGCAAGAAGGCCUUGCUGCAGCAGCAGCAGCAGCAGCAGCAGCAGCAGCAAGACAGGGCAGGGCGCAGCUGCCCACACUUAGCGGGCCGUUGAGAAGGCCCGCAAGCUUUUCUGUGGGCUCCUCCUCGGGCGUGGCAGCAGCAGCUCCUGCUGCAGCAGCAGCAGCAGCAGGAACUCCACAGAGGGGCUUUUCGAACGGCAGCAGCAACAGCGCCCGCCAGCAGCAGCAGCAGCAGCAGCAGCAGCAGCAGCAGCAGCAGCAGCAGCAGCAGCAGGGCCGCGGGCGGCGGGUGCUGGAGAUCGAAGGCACUCCUUCUUCCUUCUGCCGCUUGACAGAAAACCCUUUUCGCAGCAGCAGCAAACAAAUGAAGAAAAUUGCAAAAGUUGUUUUUAUUCCUCCGAAGUUAAAAAGAAGUGACAGUUGUCCUUUAUUUGCUGCUCGUUCGCGGCAGCAGCACAAGCCCCGCAUGUCGCUUUUUGCUGCUGUUGCUGCUGACGCAGCAGCAGCAGCGCCAGCAGCAGCAGCAGCGCCAGCAGCAGCAGCAGCGCCGCCGCAGGCCCUGCAGCGCAGGUGGAGCCCCACGAAGCAGCAGCAGCAGCAGCAGCAGCAGCAGCUGCAGCAGCCGAGGGGCUUUUGCUGCUUCGCGCCCAGAGGCAGCUGCCUAGAAGCCGCCGUCAGCAGCAGCAGCAGCAGCAACGCAGCAGCAGCAGCAGCAGCAGCAGCAGCAGGAGUGCCUUCUGACUAUUUUGAAUUGAGAGAUGAAGUCCUUUGGCUAAGGGAACAAAACGCAACUCUCCAAAAAGAGAAAAAAGAACUGCUGGCACGCAAACCCUAA